AUGACAGAAGAAUGGAUCAACUGGCUUCAUCUACCGGUUUCCUCUUGUGUUUCCUUACCUACCAAAGAUACUAAAUAUCGACCUACGAAUUUGGCUCUGUUUAUUGCUGCGCUAGACCACCUUCUGUGCCUACUGGAAACUUGGCGACCGCCGAGUUUUUUUUUCUGCCUGGUUGAUUAUCGAUCGAAGGAUGUAAAUAAUGGGCUAAAUAAGUCGGUAGAACGUUUUCAACAUUUAGUUCUUCGAGAUUUGUUCCGUUCACCCUACGGUGCCAUGGUUUCCUCUCGCCUUCGAAACCUCCGUCCCACACCCUUGUCGGAGUGCCUAUCUGGCUGGCACGCAUCCAAUCAAACCCAUAAAACGUUUACCUCAGGCUCAUCUACCAUAGACCUAGGUGAAAAAAUCCGCCUUUCCACCUUGGAUCUAAAAUCUGACUCUCUUCACUCUCCUUCGUCUUUUUCCUCAAAUGUCAAAUCCUCCCCCCUUAGUGCUGCUUCCCAUCUUUCAAUGCAAGCUAAUAUUCGACCAGAGCCAUCUUGUUCCCUCCCUCUUUUGUUGGAUCACGAGAUAAUCGUUACUGUCCUCAUGGUUAUAUACCUUUUUGCAUUCCCAUAUGAACACCUGAUAAGUAAUACUUCAAUAAAUGAUAUACUUUCAUACAGCAAUAAAACAUCUAUUUCAAAUGACGAAUUAAUAACUGACAGCGAAGGGACGAUUGGCCAACAAAAGGAAAGGCAAAAAGAAUUGCCAAGUGGUCAUGACAAACAUUUGAGUAUGAUGGGAGCGCUGUCCAAUCUAGUAGUUGAACAGAACUCUGCUUGGCUGCCAGAGACAAGAUCUGAACUCCAUGUCUUGAGGCUAUUGCUCAGUCGACUUAUCGCAUCUACACACAAGGGACCGCCUAUCGGGAAACGAUGCAUUGAAUCGUCUGCUGUGAUUGCUAAAGCCUAA